AUGGGUGCUCCCAGCGAGGUAGCUUCAGUUGGUUACUGAAUCUCAGACCGUACACAGCUCCUAAAACACCUGAACACCUCAAGCUAAACGCGCAAAAGACCGCAAGUGCAGAAAAAAUACGAGAGUGGAAUCGCACCCAAUUAUACAAUUUCUUUUUAAACCUUAAACAAACAAAAAACUCAACUGCAAAAUGCAAGUGGAUAAAGUUUGUGCCGCCAUCGCGCUCAUCGCAAUCUUCGCCAGCGUUGUGGAUGCAGCAAUUUACUCCCAGCCCGCCAUCUUCCAUCCUGCCCAUCCUGGCAAGUGCUUCGACAAGCUGACCCGCAAGGCCCUGCUGCCCGACAAGGAGUACAAGCCGAAGGGCAUCUGCGCGGCGAUGACUUGCAGCCUGGAGGCGCGCGAGAUCAGCAUCGAGACCUGUCCCUAUGUGGAGGCACCUGGCUGCGAGGAGCUGCCCAGCGACCCCAACUGGCGGUUCCCCAAGUGCUGUCCGCAGUUCAAGUGCGUCGACUUCAAGACCGGCAAGGACUUUAUCGUCUCGCUGUAGAUCGGCUAUAUGUGUGGAUCCAUCCUAUAUAGCCGCAACUGAAACGUGAUUUUACAUGAAAUGUAUUCGUAGUUUUGUAAUACUUGAAUGAAAGAGAGAGAGAACGAGAGAUGGAGUGAAAGCGAGAGCGAGCGACUGUGUGUGCGUGUGUGUUUCAUUCUUAAUUUAUUUAUUUUAAUUUGUAAAUAACACAUUAUCUGCAUAAAACCUUAAAACCACGUCAUGUUUGAAAAUGUGAACAUAAUUCGAUUUUGUUUUGAUUUAUUCAAAAGUCCCUGUAUGCGAUAUUUGCAAGUAUGACUAACCACCAUCCACCAGCUAUGUUUAGUCCAUAAGAUUUAAGCGAAGUAAUAAAAAAUCCGAAAUAUGCAAA